UUGGUAUCUUCAUGAUAUGAGCACGGGUCUUCUCCACUAAUAAUCCACAGGUGUUAUCUGUUAGGUCAGUUAGCGGCAAGAUUUGACCACCCCAGUUUGAAGCAAACGUUACCGCAAAGAUGUUCCGCUUUUUCAAUAUUCUGCCAGCCCCUCUGCAGAUGUGCGUGAGAUCAAUUUGCAUUCACCCCGUACCCGACGUUACUGAGGAUGAGAAAAGGGCGAAAAUUCAAAGCUCUAAUAUAGAACGAGAUUUGUUUGAACAAGCCAAGCUUGAGGUGAACGUGAUCAAAAUAUUGCUACUUGGUGCUACAGAGAGUGGUAAGAGUACCAUGGUCAAGCAGAUGAAGAUCAUCCACAGUCAUGGCUUCUCCAAGCCAGAGCUUAUUAGCUUCAAGGCUGCAGUGCUGGAUAACCUCCUGACCUCCAUGAAGUUUGUGCUGCGCGGCAUGGGACUGCUGAGGAUUAAUCUGGCCAACAAGAAGAACAAGGCCCAUGCCCGCUCUGUGCUGUCCUGUGGCCAGUGUUUUGGGGAGGACGGGGAGCUGCUGCCGUUUGUGGCUCUGUCUUUCUGUGCUCUCUGGGCCGACCAGGGUGUGAGAGCUGCAGCUGCCAGGGGCUACGAGUUCCAACUCAACGACUCAGCGCUCUAUUUCUUUGAGAACAUAAGUCGGAUCAUCUCUCCCAGAUACAUUCCCACUGAGGCGGACGUCCUGCGGGUGAGGGUGCGAACCUCCGGAAUCAUCGAGACUCAGUUUCCAGUCAAUCACAUGGUUUUCAGGAUGUAUGAUGUGGGCGGCCAGCGGACCAAGAGGAGGAAGUGGCUCAGCUACUUUGACUGUGUCCGGGCCGUGCUGUUUGUUGUGGCGCUCAGUGACUACGACAUGACCCUGACGGAGGACCGCUCUAUGAACCGGCUACAAGAGAGCCUUGAACUCUUUACCUCCAUCUGCACCAACAUAGUUUUCAGAAGUACCUCAUUGAUUCUGUUAAUGAACAAAAGUGACCUCUUCCAGGAGAAGAUCUUAAACUCAGGAAGGCAUUUGCGACUCUACUUCCCUAGUUACAAAGGAGCCGACUGGGAUGUGGAUGCUGCCUCGCGUCACAUCACUGCCAUGUUUGUGGCCUGCAACAGGACCACCAACAACCUUGUCUUCCACCACUACACCACUGCCACGGACACCCACAACGUACGGGUGGUCUUCCACGUCGUCAUGGACACCAUCGUCAAGGAGAACUUGGAGGCGGUCUCGUUGCUAUAAGACUUUCUAGAUUUUAUUGAUGGAUAUUUGUUUUUAUAUAAUUUAACAGGUAAUAUUUACUAAUAUGGAUGGACAUUCCUCAUUUGGAUUUUUUUUCAAUAAUCAUGUUGGUGUUGACAUGUUUUAAUUCAAUAAAAUAAUGUACAGGCCUA